GAGGCCGGUGAUUCCAUAAUUUUUGCCAGGGGUUGUAUUUGCGUGUGACCGGUGGCAUUGUGUUUGGCUUAAUAGUUUGGAGUUGGGUUAACUUGAGCUUCAGUUUUCAGUAUUGUGUGCUUUUCUUUUUUGUGUGCAUAUUCAGUGCAGCUUGAAACUGUAAGACUUAACAGUUAUUAUGAUAUUGACUUUUGCAGGUGAAGCGUGUUGAUGAUUUGCUCUCUAAUCUGUCAACGCUGAACCUGCAUUUGUCUCCAUCAUGGACAACCUGGAGGAGGAUCUGACAUGCUCGGUGUGCUACUCCCUGUUUUCUGACCCACGGGUCCUGCCGUGUUCGCACACCUUCUGUAAGAAGUGCCUGGAAAAUUUGCUUCAAGUGUCCACCAACUAUCUCACCUGGCGUCAGCUGGGGCCGCUAAAAUGCCCCCAGUGUCGCAGUGUGGUGGAAGGAUCCAUUGACGCUCUACCCACAAAUGUAACGCUGCGGGCCAUCAUUGAGAAAUACCAGAAAGACAGUGAACCGCGGCCUCCGUCUUGUGAGGAGCACCACAGGCAGCCUCUGAAUAUGUACUGCAUUCAGGAUUGUCAGCUGAUCUGUGGCUUGUGUCUGACUGUGGGGAAGCACCAGGGACACCCAGUUGAUGACCCGCAGACAGCCUUCAGCAGAGAAAAGCAGACACCAUCUCAACUGCUAGCAAAACUCUCUGAGCAUCGGUGGGCAGAGGUGUGUGAGCUGGCAGAGCAGCUGGAGCAGGAGAAAGCCCACUGUGAGGGCUGGCUGAAGGAGGGCCGCCUACAAGUCAUUCAGUUUUUUCGGAAUCUGGAGCAGGUCUUGGCCAGGAAGAGAGGAGCUUUUCUCGAGGCCCUGGAUGAGGCUGGAGCUGAGGUUUCGCGGACCUAUGACCCACUCAUCCACAUGGUGAAGGAGCUGCAGGAGGAACAGUUGGAUCUUGUGUCAUUGGGCUCAUUGUUGGAAGAAGAGGACUCACCCCUGAUCUUCCUGGAGAAGGUGGAUUUGUUCAGAGAGCGAGUGGAGGCGAUCAUCAAAGCCCCCCUGCCCUCAGUGAUCCGCCUGUCCAUUACUCCGCAGAUGGCACAAUAUCUUCAGGAGCACUGGCCAGGUCUGACCAUUGGGGAACUGGAGGAAGCGCCCGUCCCCAAAGUGUGCUGCUGUGCAAGGUGUGGCAGUCUGAAAGCGAGCACAGACUCAGAGGGUCGUUGUGGUCAGACUGACAGCUGGGGUCAGCGUCUGUGGUGGGGCCGGCGACCUUUGUCCAUCGUGGUACUGCUAGCGCUGCUGCUGCUGCUCACAGUGCUGUGGCUCAAGCCCGGCGGCGGAGCAUCUCUGGGUUUCUCUUUGCUCUCGUGCUUGAGUCAGCUGGUCCACAUGAGCAGCAAACUGAUCAUGUCUUUUAAGGACACGGCGUGGUCAUCAUACUCAAUGAUGGAGGCGGCUGCAGCAAGGUGGAGCUCCAACCUUUUCUCUGCAGUAGAAGAAGCACUUCAGCAACUGACUGAUGUUCUCAAAACAUAAGGUUCACUGGAUCCACAAACCCCCAGUAGUCACCUAAAAGCUGAGAAAGCCUCCUCCAGUCUGCUGAUGGUGAAACAAAAUACUGCUAGGCUUUUCAAACUGUAAAUAAUGACUGAACAGAUGCCAGAUAAAUAUUUACAUUUUAACUGAGAUUGAAACAUUCAGGGUUUGAGACUUAACUUCAGAUUGUGUAUUAACCACAAUGCAUUGCAGCUACUUUUCCUCACAACUUGUUAUAUUAAAAACCUUAAUAAUCAA